CCCAAUCCGGAAUAACUCUGAACCCAUUAGCAGCACCGCUACGUCUAUUUCUGUAACAGUACGAUUGUACGAUCACCGCUAUGCAGCCUUUGCCUUUGGAUCAGUAGUAGCACCGAUAUGUCAACCGAUUUUAUUUACAAAACCAUCGCUUACUUUCAACAUAAUCAUUCAGUAAAGCAUCGAUUGACCUAAACAAAGAGAGUGAGGGGAAAAUGGCCUCAGAGGAGUCAAAAACCCCAGAAGGAGAGGUUCAAUCAUCGUCUUCGUCUUCAACUUCGACUUCCUACUCUGAUAGCUGGAAGGAGCGCGUGUUCAUACCUACUCUCCUAGCAGGGAUUGCUGGUGGAGGAGCUAGCUUAAUUUCGAGGCAUAGGGAAGUUGACGGUCUCGCAAAGACUUCUGCUACCUAUGCCACCAAUCUCGCCAUUGUCACCGGUUGCUAUUGCGGAGCACGUGAAUUAAUGAGAGAGGCUCGGAAAACAGGACCUGAUGAUCUUUUGAACUCCGCAAUUGCAGGUUUUGGUACUGGUGCUCUGCUUGGGCUUCUUCAAGGUGGUCAAAUUGCUGCUGUCCGUUACUCUAUCAUCUUUUCUGUUGCGGGUAUAACUGCAGAUUUUGCAACAUACAGACUAAAUCCUCUCUUGAAAAGUUACAGUGAAGGGAAUAGAGAGAAUUCACAGAAGGGUGGCUAGUUGAAAUGACCGGAGUGGUCUCCCAUCCAAGUGCUUGACGAGGAAGCCAUUGCAGCAAAACAAGCCCUGGAACAGGAGCUCUAUUCACAGAGGGCACUUGGCAAACUAAGCAAAGAGGAAUCUUGAGUAUAACUUUAGUCGUCUACCUCAAAUUCCUGAAUCGGUUAACAAAAAUAUUUUUGGUGUCCAGCCGAUGGAA